AUGCCAGGGCCAGGCUCAGCUCCGACCCAAACACCCCGUCCAGAACCCAAACCCAAGCAUAACGGCCGCCGCCUCGUCCUCCUAGGACCGCCUCUCCUCGCCGUCGCUGUUGCCCUCCUCUUGGGCUUAUCCACCAACCCGUUGCCCCGCCGCUUCCUCCGCCUUCUCCUUGGGACAAAGCACUCCAUUCUCCGCUCCUCGCUACCUCCUGACGCAGCCUACGAGGCUGACGCGGCAACCGGCGCGGUGCGCGCACCAUGUGUUCUAUGGAUGGCCCCAUUCGCCUCCGGCGGCGGGUACUGCUCCGAGGCAUGGUCCUACGUCGCCGCGCUUGACGCGCACGCCGCCGCCGCUGCUGGGAAAAGUAACUUCACGCUCGCGAUAGCGCACCACGGCGAUCUCGACUCGCCGGAGUUCUGGCUCGGCCUGCCCGAGCGGUCCAAGCACCUGGCGUACAGACUCGCCUCCGCGCGGUGCGAGCUCGCCAGGGCCGUGGUCGUCUGCCACAGCGAGCCUGGUGCGUGGUACCCGCCGAUGUACGAGGCCCUGCCUUGCCCGCCCACCGGGUACGACGAUCCUGCUUUCGUCAUUGGCCGGACUAUGUUCGAGACCGACCGUGUCUCGCCUGAGCAUGUCAGGAGGUGCAACCAGAUGGAUGUUGUCUGGGUGCCUACUGAUUUCCAUGUGUCAACCUUUGUGAAGAGCGGUGUGGAUCGCUCCAAAGUUGUCAAGGUGGUGCAGGCUGCGGAUGUCAAUUUCUUUGAUCCGGCCAAGCAUGUUGCUCUUCCUUUGCCCAUUGGUGUGUCUGUCAUGGUGCCUGAAGGUUCAAGAUUUGGAAAUGGUGACUCUAAACACAAAGGCUUUGUGUUUCUUAGUGUGUUCAAAUGGGAACAGAGGAAGGGCUGGGAUGUGCUGCUGAAAGCAUUCCUGCAGGAGUUCUCUGGAGCUGAUGACGUCGUACUCUACCUUCUAAUCAAUGCCUACCACUCUGAUACAAACUUCAGUGGGAAAAUCCGAAGGUUUGUGGAAGAAUCCAGCAUUGAGGAGCCACUGGAAGGAUGGGCUGAAAUCCGGGUCAUCGAUGAGCAUGUCCCUCAGUCUGUUCUUCCAAGUCUGUACAAAGGUGCAGAUGCAUUUGUGCUGCCAACCCGUGGUGAGGGCUGGGGCAGACCGGUGGUUGAAGCCAUGGCCAUGGAACUGCCUGUGAUUGUGACGAAUUGGUCAGGUCCAACGGAGUACCUAACUGAGGAGAAUGGGUAUCCAUUGGACAUAGACAGACUGAUUGAGGUCACAGAAGGUCCAUUCAAGGGCCACCUAUGUGCUGAGCCAUCAGUUGAUCGGCUGAGGGAUUUAAUGAGACAUGUUGUUGAUGAUAGAGAUGAGGCAAAGAAUAAAGGGAAGAAGGCAAGGGAAGACAUGAUCGAGAGGUUCUCUCCAGAAGUUGUUGCCAGGAUUGUUGCUGAAAAGAUUCAACAAGUGCUUACCCACACUCAGUUGACAAAUGAUUAG